CCUCCACUGGGCAGGGCUUAUUCAAAUGCAACAAAUAGCUUAUAAAACAUUGGACACUCUUAACGUGUUGUGGAACUUAGAGGGAACAGCUUUUUAACAAGAAAACCCAAGCGAGUGCUGCCAUGUCCAGGAAGCCGGUCCUUCACUACUUCGAUGGCAGGGGGAGAAUGGAGCCCGUCCGGUGGCUCUUGGCUGCAGCUGGAGUGGAGUUUGAAGAACAAUUUCUGAAAACUCGGGAUGACCUGGCAAGGUUGAGAAACGAUGGGAGUUUGAUGUUCCAGCAAGUGCCCAUGGUGGAGAUCGACGGGAUAAAGCUGGUGCAGACCAGAGCCAUUCUCAACUACAUUGCCUCCAAAUACAAUCUCUAUGGGAAGGACGUGAAGGAGAGAGCCCUCAUUGACAUGUAUUCAGAAGGUGUGGCGGAUCUGGAUGAAUUAGUUCUCUAUUACCCUUACAUUCCUCCUGCGGAGAAAGAGGCAAGCCUUGCCAAGAUCAAGGACAAAGCAAGGAACCGUUACUUCCCUGCUUAUGAAAAGGUGUUGAAGAGCCAUGGACAAGAUUAUCUCGUUGGCAACAGGCUAAGCAAGGCAGAUGUUUACCUGGUUCAAAUUCUUUACCACGUGGAAGAGCUGGACCCAGGCGCUGUGGACAGCUUCCCCCUGCUAAAGGCACUGAGAACCAGAGUCAGCAACCUCCCCACAGUGAAGAAGUUUCUUCAGCCUGGCAGCCAGAGGAAGCCUUUUGAUGAUGCGAAAUGUGUAGAAUCAGCAAAGAAGAUUUUCAGUUAAUUCAGGCAUCUGUGGAUACAUAGCAUGCACAAAGCCAACCUUCUAAAGUUCUGCAACACUGAAGUGUUUUGACUAAAUGUUGAUCCUUCUUAUGGGGAGGCUAACAUGUUUUCUAAGGCUGCUGUGCUUAAUUCCUAUAGACAUGACUGGUGAGGAAUGGCUGGGAUGUCAUUUGGUUGUAGUAAAAUUGCAAAUAUGAUCACUUCCUCUGAUAUUACCUUGAAUUUCAAUAAAAACUGAGCAAGAUUCUUAGA